AUGGGUGCCAAAGAGGCCUUCCGAGUGAACUACAAGGUGCCUUCAGGCUAUUCAAAAUUCCUUGGACAGCGACUGUUGGCUGCGGCAGAGGCUAUGCCGAUUGAUUCUGUGCGGCCAAAAGUAUUACGUCACUGCGCCGCAGUUACCAUGGACGAAACUAGCUCACACGACCACACACGGCGGAUCACUGGACUCGGAAACCGGCCCCCGCAGAGACGAACAAGUCGCAAAUCCGACCACGCACACCUUAUCACCUGUCUUGAACGUCGGUCCGUCUAG